UGACCUGGACAGAAAUAACAUCACCAGAAUCACCAAGAUGGACUUCGCUGGACUGAAGAAUCUCCGAGUCUUGCAUCUGGAAGACAAUCAGGUGAGCGUCAUCGAGAGAGGUGCCUUCCAGGAUCUGAAGCAGCUGGAGCGAUUACGCCUGAACAAGAACAAGCUCCAGGUCCUUCCAGAAUUGCUCUUCCAGAGCACACCAAAGCUCACCAGACUAGAUUUGAGCGAGAACCAGAUCCAGGGCAUCCCGAGGAAGGCGUUCCGCGGCAUCACAGACGUGAAGAACCUGCAACUGGACAAUAACCACAUCAGCUGCAUUGAAGAUGGAGCCUUCCGAGCGCUGCGCGAUUUGGAGAUCCUCACCCUCAACAACAACAACAUUAGCCGCAUCCUGGUCACCAGCUUCAACCACAUGCCGAAGAUUCGGACUUUGCGUCUCCACUCCAACCAUCUGUACUGUGAUUGCCAUUUGGCCUGGCUGUCAGAUUGGCUGCGACAGCGGCGGACGGUUGGCCAGUUCACCCUCUGCAUGGCUCCUGUGCACCUGAGAGGCUUCAAUGUGGCAGAUGUGCAGAAGAAAGAGUAUGUGUGUCCAGGUCCCCACUCUGAGGCUCCGUCCUGCAAUGCCAACUCCCUGUCCUGCCCUUCUUCUUGCACAUGCAGUAAUAACAUCGUGGACUGCCGAGGGAAGGGACUGACAGAGAUCCCUGCCAACCUGCCAGAGGGCAUCGUGGAAAUACGCCUAGAACAGAACUCCAUCAAGUCCAUUCCUGCAGGAGCCUUCACCCAGUACAAGAAACUGAAGCGGAUAGACAUCAGCAAGAAUCAGAUAUCGGACAUAGCUGCGGAUGCCUUCCAGGGCCUGAAAUCACUCACAUCACUGGUGCUCUAUGGGAACAAGAUUACAGAGAUUCCCAAGGGACUGUUUGAUGGGCUGGUGUCCCUGCAGCUGCUCCUCCUCAAUGCCAACAAGAUCAACUGCCUGCGGGUGAACACCUUCCAGGACCUGCAGAACCUCAACCUGCUCUCUCUGUAUGACAACAAGCUGCAGACGAUCAGCAAGGGGCUCUUCGCUCCUCUGCAGUCGGUCCAGACCCUCCACUUAGCUCAAAACCCAUUUGUUUGCGACUGCCACUUGAAGUGGCUGGCUGACUACCUUCAGGACAACCCCAUUGAGACAAGUGGGGCCCGCUGCAGCAGCCCACGCCGGCUGGCCAACAAGCGCAUCAGCCAGAUCAAAAGCAAGAAGUUCCGCUGCUCAGGCUCUGAGGAUUAUCGCAACAGAUUCAGCAGUGAGUGUUUCAUGGACCUCGUGUGCCCGGAGAAGUGCCGCUGCGAGGGCACCAUUGUGGACUGCUCCAACCAGAAGCUGGCCCGCAUCCCAAGCCACCUCCCCGAGUAUACCACUGACCUGCGACUGAAUGACAACGACAUCUCCGUCCUGGAAGCCACUGGGAUCUUCAAGAAGUUGCCCAACCUGCGAAAAAUAAACCUGAGCAACAAUAGGAUCAAGGAGGUGCGAGAGGGUGCCUUCGAUGGAGCAGCAGGCGUGCAGGAGCUGAUGCUGACGGGGAACCAGCUGGAGACCAUGCAUGGACGCAUGUUCCGGGGCCUCAGUGGCCUCAAGACACUGAUGCUGAGGAGCAACCUGAUCAGCUGUGUGAGCAAUGACACCUUCGCAGGCCUCAGCUCUGUGAGACUGCUGUCGCUCUAUGACAAUCGGAUCACCACCAUCACCCCUGGAGCCUUCACCACACUCGUCUCCCUGUCCACCAUAAAUCUCCUGUCUAACCCUUUCAACUGCAACUGCCACCUGGCCUGGCUCGGCCGGUGGCUGAGGAAACGCCGCAUCGUCAGUGGGAACCCCAGAUGCCAGAAGCCCUUUUUCCUCAAGGAAAUUCCCAUCCAAGACGUGGCCAUCCAGGACUUCACCUGCGAAGGCAACGAGGAGAGCAGCUGCCAACUAAGCCCGCGCUGCCCCGAGCAGUGCACCUGUGUGGAGACUGUGGUGCGAUGCAGCAACAGGGGGCUCCGUGCCCUCCCCAAAGGCAUGCCGAAGGACGUGACUGAACUAUACCUGGAAGGAAACCAUUUGACGGCGGUGCCCAAAGAGUUGUCCUCGCUCCGACAGCUGACGCUUGUUGACCUGAGCAACAACAGCAUCGGCAUGCUGACCAAUUACACCUUCAGCAACAUGUCCCACCUCUCCACACUGAUCCUGAGCUACAACCGGCUGAGAUGCAUCCCCGUCCAUGCCUUCAACGGGCUGCGGUCACUCCGAGUGCUAACCCUCCAUGGCAAUGACAUUUCCAGUGUUCCUGAGGGCUCCUUCAAUGACCUGGCGUCCCUCUCCCACCUGGCCCUGGGCACCAACCCCCUCCACUGUGAUUGCAGUCUGCGUUGGUUGUCAGAGUGGGUAAAGGCUGGAUACAAGGAACCUGGCAUUGCCAGAUGCAGUAGCCCCGAGUCCAUGGCGGACAGACUCCUGCUCACCACUCCCACCCACCGGUUCCAGUGCAAAGGGCCAGUGGACAUUAACAUCGUGGCCAAGUGCAACGCCUGCCUUUCCAGCCCGUGCAAGAACAACGGCACAUGCAGUCAGGACCCCGUGGAACAGUACCGCUGCACCUGCCCCUACAGCUACAAGGGCAAGGACUGCACCGUGCCCAUCAACACUUGCAUCCAGAACCCCUGUCAGCACGGAGGUACUUGCCACCUGAGUGAGAGCCACAAAGAUGGGUUCAGCUGCUCCUGCCCGCUGGGCUUUGAGGGACAACGGUGUGAGAUCAACCCGGAUGACUGUGAGGACAACGACUGUGAAAACAAUGCCACCUGUGUGGAUGGGAUCAACAACUACGCGUGCGUGUGCCCACCUAAUUACACAGGGGAGCUGUGUGAUGAGGUGAUCGACUACUGUGUGCCUGAGCUGAACCUCUGUCAGCACGAAGCCAAGUGCAUCUCCCUGGACAAAGGAUUCAGGUGUGAAUGUGUCCCUGGUUACAGUGGGAAGCUGUGUGAGACAGACAAUGACGACUGUACAGCUCACAAGUGCCGCCAUGGAGCCCAGUGUGUGGAUGCAGUCAACGGCUACUCAUGCAUCUGCCCCCAAGGCUUCAGUGGGCUCUUCUGUGAGCACCCGCCACCCAUGGUUCUGCUCCAGACCAGUCCCUGCGACCAGUAUGAGUGUCAGAACGGGGCGCAAUGCAUUGUGGUGCAGCAGGAGCCCACUUGCCGCUGUCCCCCGGGCUUCGCUGGGCCCAGGUGUGAGAAGCUCAUCACUGUGAACUUCGUAGGCAAGGACUCCUACGUGGAACUGGCCUCUGCCAAGGUCAGGCCGCAGGCCAACAUCUCCCUGCAGGUGGCCACUGACAAGGACAACGGCAUCCUCCUUUACAAGGGAGACAAUGACCCCUUGGCGCUGGAGCUAUACCAGGGCCAUGUGAGGCUGGUGUAUGACAGCCCGAGCGCCCCUCCAACCACCGUGUACAGUGUGGAGACGGUGAACGAUGGUCAGUUUCACAGUGUGGAGCUGGUGAUGCUAAACCAGACCUUGAACCUGGUGGUAGACAAAGGAGCCCCCAAGAGCCUGGGGAAGCUUCAGAAGCAGCCAGCAGUGGGCAUCAACAGCCCCCUCUAUCUUGGAGGCAUCCCCACCUCCACGGGCCUCUCAGCCUUGCGCCAGGGUGCAGACAGGCCGCUGGGCGGCUUCCACGGCUGUAUCCACGAAGUGCGCAUCAACAACGAACUGCAGGAUUUCAAGGCCCUCCCACCUCAGUCCCUUGGGGUCUCUCCUGGCUGCAAGUCCUGCACUGUGUGUCGACACGGCCUGUGUCGCUCUGUGGAGAAGGACAAUGUCGUGUGUGAGUGCCACCCGGGAUGGACUGGCCCACUGUGUGAUCAGGAAGCGCGUGACCCCUGCCUUGGUCACAGCUGCAGCCACGGGAAAUGUGUGGCAACCGGCAGCACAUACAUGUGCCAGUGUGCAGAGGGCUAUGGGGGAGCCUUGUGUGACCACAAGAACGACUCUGCCAACGCCUGCUCAGCCUUCAAGUGCCACCAUGGGCAAUGCCACAUCUCAGAUCGAGGGGAGCCUUACUGCCUGUGCCAGCCUGGCUUCAGUGGCAAUCACUGUGAGCAAGAGAAUCCAUGUUUGGGGGAGAUAGUCCGUGAAGCCAUCCGCCGUCAGAAAGAUUACGCCUCCUGUGCCACAGCCUCCAAGGUGCCUAUCAUGGAAUGCCGCGGCGGGUGCGGGAGCCAGUGCUGCCAGCCAAUCCGCAGCAAGCGGCGGAAAUACGUCUUCCAGUGCACCGACGGCUCCUCAUUCGUGGAAGAGGUGGAGAGACACUUGGAAUGUGGCUGCCGCGCGUGUUCCUGAGCCCUCUGCCACCUUCCCACCCGUCACCUCUCAGACUCCAGCUCACUGGGCUGGGGACAGCCACACGGAACCUCCUUGAGAUUCGGGAUGAAGGAAAGAAAGCUGGAGAGGAAGAGGCAAAAGAGAGAAUAUUAAGUAUAUUGUAAAAUAAACAAAAAAUAGAACUUAUUUUUAUUAUGGAAAGUGAAUAUUUUCAUCUUUUAUUAUAUAAAUAUAUCACACGGUCUGAGUAUAUGUACUAUAUAGUGUGUUAUUUUUACCGAGUUUUGUUUUGUGUUGUGUAUUUGUUGUGUUUUAUAAACAGCUGUUUAAAAUUUUAAGACAAAAUAAGACUAAUAAAAAUGUUUUAAACAAAAGGAUAAGAAUAGAGAAACGGUAGCCUGUCUGAGGAAGGAAGAGGGAAUUUUAUGCGUACUGUAGCCACCAUCUCAUUGCCUAGGAACAGCACCAUCCAGCACGUGUCUGAACCCCACUUCAUCCAACCUUGACUUCUCUGGUAAAAUGAACCCCAUUUCUUAACUAACGACACCCAGGCCCCUUUUGGGCUCCGUUGCUUGCCUUACACCACCAUCUGAUAGGUAGAGGAGCAUGGGCUGGGCGUAGACUCAAACUCCAGAUUCCUCCAGAAGGAGUGGAUACAGGAGACAGGCAGCGGAAAAGACCCAUUGGCAAAAAGAAAGCAGGUGUGUUUCCAGCUGCCUUUUCUCUUUGCUCUUUGUUCAGUUUUUCCUUCUGCUUCAUUCGUGUCUAGGGAAAUUCUAGAGGCAGGGCCUCAGGCAUCCAGGAAGCUCUUAUUGCCAUUAGCAAGCACGGUUGUCCAGCUUCAGAAUCAGCUCCUGAAGGCCUUUCCUCAUCUCCCACAUCUUCCCCCACCCGCUCUCCCCCCUUCACAGCCCUUCAGCGUCUGAGCCGCUCACACCAACCCCCGGUUCUGCCCAUCUAUCCUCCUUUCUCUAGAGCCUCUGCUGCUGGGGCCUCAGGAAGGAGAGCAUGGGACCUUUCUGCUCUGAGGGUCCCCUGAGAACUCAGCUACUCCGUGAGGACCGAUGGUCGGCCCAAAACUAAAAGUGAAGAAGGGAGAGAGAAAAAGAGGAAGGUAGAGGGACGGACACAAGGCAAGUGGAAGAAAGGAAGGAGGGCGAAGGGAUAUGAUAGAGAAUUCACUUUUGGACAAGCAUAGGCGUGUGCAUUGCGUUCCAGGGUACCUUAUGAUGGGUGUGUUGAAAAUGCUCAUAGUUAGUUUAGGUAGUGCUCGGUACAACACACUCAGAUGCCACUGCAGUUGCAGCCCAUGUAUUUAUUUAUUUAUAUGCCUAUAGUCAUUUAAUUCUCAAAACAGUUCUAUGUAAAGUCAUUACUAACCUACUUUAUGGUUGAGUAAGCCGAGAUAGAGAAACUAAGGAUCUUACCUAAAGGUCGAUUACUAGUAAGUUCUAGAAGCAAAGGCUUGAGCCCAGGCUGUCAGAAUCCAGAAUUUCCUCGCUUAACCACUAUAUCACACCACUUCUUGUAGGAAAGAAACACACUGUGCCUUUAAGGAUCCUACAAUCUGGGGCAGGAACAGUGGUUAAGUGGACAGUUGCUUUGUUGUGAUAUACUGGUCUUAGCCAAAAGGUCAAAGAGCAAUAAUUGCCUGAGAUAUAUAUACCUUAAUGACAGAAUAAUGAGGGCCAUGCAGAGGAGGGUAUUUCCAGUCCUCUGUAUCGGUCAGGAAAGGAGUUUGGUAGCACAGGAAAUGACCCACUAAAAAGCAGUAAAAAGGGAAAAGUCUGGAAUGUUUGGUGAGCAGCCAGAGGCCCGUGGUGGCAACAAUGUGAAAUGUCCCCCGUGGGGCCACAAGAAAUGGGGAAUGUGAAGGCAUAGUCCUACAAAAAAAACAACAACAAAAAAAAAGUCACAUGGCGAGGCCACAGGGAACCAAAGACUCCGCAAGGGCAGGGCAGUAGCAAGAUAGUUUGUGGGGUAGAAUGGGGAGAUAGAGACGCAGCAGAAUGAGAAAGCAGGCGUGUAGGCUUUAUUAUUCAAAAUGGCCUCGGGGCUCAUAGUAGUUCAGUUUGUGGCCAGCGUACACUAAUCUCAGAGUGAAUCUCAAAGUCUCCACGAUAGCUCAGGAAUUCAGUUCUGGAAGAGGUGUCCUAGGAUGUGCCCAAUGUUCCCUCCUAACCGUCCUGUCCCACCCCCAGCCCAACAAAUGGACCUGAUUAUUCCAUCACUAACCCCCCUCCAACUCUGGGAGGAGACACUGGGCUGGAAGCUUUCUCUCUGCGGCCGCAGAACCCUGCCGCCUCCCUCUUCCACUCGCCCUGUGUUCGUCUCUGAAUCCAGCCACAGUCAGCCAAGGACGGAAGGGCCAGGUUUUGUUUCCAAGUAUGGCUUUGACAGGCCUGACCAUACAAGAUGUCAAACACAAAGACCAUCCAUAAAAUCAUCCCCAGAAUGAAGUUUCUCUAAAACUGAAACUUAAAAAGUUUAUUCUUGAGAGUAGCCAGAUUCUAAGACCAGAACCAUUCCAUGCACAGGAAGAGGUCGGGCAGUUUGCACUCUGAGGGGUGUGGUUUAAUGUGUGCACGUGUGUGUGUGGGGGGGUGCUUAUAUAGAAGAAUCCAUCUGCUCUCUUACCCCCUGAGGCGGGUCAGGAUAUAGCAGACCCCUUUGGGAUUCAUCAAAGCAGGGUGGGAGGGGUGUGUGUGCCCCAGAUGGGUGAUGAAAUGAUACAUCUCAGAGCAAUGUACAUACAGAGCAAAGCCCUGAAAUGUACGAUGUCAUUAAUACUGUUGUCGUUGAUGUUAUGGACAUGCCAAACAGCCAUUUUUAAAAGAAAACCUUGCCUAUUCAUCUCAUGGCAAGGAGUCUGAUGCUUCAGAAAAUGAAAGGGGGAGGGGAGAAGACUUCCCAGGGUCAGCAAAAGAAAGGAGAAAUGCUCCCAGGGGAUCCUCAGGAACCCAUGAAUGACCAGACUGAGACUGAGCCAGCCUUACAUUCCCCAGAGAAGCAGUCACCCACUGUCUCUGCUUGGAGCAGGAAUCCUUAGCAAUAGAUGAGAUACCCUUCAAAGAAUCACAGGAUCCCAGGUAGCAGAGGUGGGGGGACCCUUGGGAUUGCUGUGGGUCAGAAAACAAGGAUUCGAGAUAUGAGAUGAGAACUUCCACAAAUCAAAGUUACGCAGCUGGUUCAUACCUAAAGGCAGCAAGGGCUCCAAGGGGUCCAUACAGCCAGUUGCUCUUGCUAUACCACAAUGAGGAUCAAGGCAGAGAACAGCCUGAGACUGAACACAUAAGCAGAAGUACGUCCGCCACCUUCCCACAGCCACCUCCCCGGGUACUCAUAGAUGGCCGGACAGCUGGGACCAGGGACAGCUUGGGCAUCACUCACCCGUAUUGUCAACUGGGAAUAUAAACAGCACCAUGGGAAACACUGGGACAAAGCUAAUCAUACAUGGGAGACAGUGUAACCGUUAGUCAAGGCAGAGUUGGCAUUUGGCAAAACUUACUUCUCUAACUUAAUGGAUUCUAAUAAGAAAAAUGUUCCUUUUAAAUAAACUUAACACUGUUACAAUGCCACUUCCUCAGUAUGGAAUAAAGAAUAUGCAUUUCUUGUUUCAACCUCUGCCAUCUUCUGAUGUCAUUCAAAUAAAUAGAUGUGUCACAGGGGAGUCCACGGUGCUCUUGUGAAUGCAUAA